CAUGAUGACAUCUCUAAAGUUUGCUUGCUAUCUGACGUGCUUGUUCUUGUGGAGAAUGGCUCAGAUGACUAAUCUGCAAUUCUCCUCACCUCAGAAGAAAAGGUUUGUAUCAGUUAAAAUCGGGGACAACGUGACUUUGCAAUGUUUCUAUGAAGGUGAUGUUCUAGCAAAGUUUUACUGGUAUAAACAAACUCUGGGACAGAAACCAAGGCGCAUCUCUACUUACUACAAAUAUGACAAAAAUGGCACUUUUCAUGGUGAAUUUGAAAACAAUCGACGCUUCACAUUGGAUACUAAAACUGGUCGCAAUCACUUGAACAUUACAGAUCUACGAAUUUCAGAUUCUGCCACUUAUUACUGUGCAAGAAGCUUUGCAUACAGGUUUGAAUUUGCAGAGGGAAUUAUUGUGAGUGUAAAGAGUUCAGGUGUGAACAUCCCAGCUUUGGUCCAUCAGUCAGCAUCUGACACCAUCCAGCCAGGAGGCUCUGUGACUCUGAACUGUACAGUACACACUGGGACCUGUGAUGGAGAACACAGUGUUUACUGGUUCAAACACUCUGAAGAACCUCAUCCAGGACUCAUUUACACCCAUGGAGGCAGGAAUGAUCAGUGUGAGAGGAAACCCAAAAAAACCCACACCUGCGUCUACAACCUACUAAUGAAGAGCCUGAAUCUGUCUCAUGCUGGGAUCUACUACUGUGCUGUUGUCUCAUGUGGACACGUUGUGUUUGGAAACGGGACCAAGCUGGACUUUGAAGCUGUCCGGCUCUCUGCAGAUGAGGUGGACUCUCUUGUCUUGGUGUAUUUCUUGAGUGGAGUUUUGACAUUCACCACCAUCCUGGUUGUUUUACUGGCUUUCUUGAUAUGUGUGAUCAAGAAAAGAAACAACUGCAAAUGUGCAGACUCUCAUGCAGGAGAUUCAGCUCCCUCAAUGAGAAAUGCAGAGGGUGACCAAAAUGAGGAAAACAUCCAUUACGCAGCUUUAAGGAAACACACAGGCAGCAGAUCAAGAAGGCAAAGGAACAACUGCAAGACUGAGUGUGUGUACUCAAGUAUAAAGCAGUAGAACUGGACAUGUUUAUACUUCUUUCUGUGCACCAAGACUAAUAAAGAUUCUAUGUGUUUCUAAGCAAGCCCUGAAUACACUGAAGUCACACUAUCACUCUUUUCUUGACUUAAAGCUGAAACAGCCAAUCCUGCACUUCUAGUCAGUUAUUUGGGAGCAAAGGGACGGUGAGAAGGAAGCUGAGACAACUCAUCGCCGUGUUGGAUAAGGGGAGAGAGGAAACGGAGAGGAAGAGAAAGAAAGAAGGUGAAGAUGUGAGGGAGACAGAACAGGAGUUGUGAUAAUAAUAUGAUCUUCAUCCUACUUGUGAGUUAAAGCGAUCAGUCUUCAUGCAAUCAAAGCGUUGAUGUCGCCUCAUUAGUCGAGCACCCUUAAAGACGAGCGUCACUGAAAUCAGAGAAAACUGAACUGACCUCUCUGCACUCUCAAGUUUUCAGAGUCAACAUGCACUGGCUUUGAGUCAAACUGAGUCUUAUUGUACCUUCAGUGGCUUCAGCAUUCAAAGAAAACACCAAGUUUUCUGUCUGAGCUGUUCUGUUUGCACUUUUCAGUGGUGUAAAGUGGCCUGGGCUCAGCUGGAAAUAAAUGUUUGGCACAUAUUUCUGUCCAUCCAUCAGAAUUUUGCAGUGUUUGAAUCAGAAUGUGACGCCAGUUGUAGGGUUGCUGUUUUUGGCCGCGCCGCUAUCAAGCAGCUUAAAUUAAUCACUAGAUUCUGACUUCUAUCAUGAAUGUGUGUGGUAUGACAUAAAAUACAUCAGUAAAUACUUAUUUGUGUCUUAAAGAAGACGCUUGCUAACAAGUGGCUAAAAGAGACCACAGAGGAUACCGAGGACAUUAAAGUCAUCACAGGGAAACUCAUCCAGUCUGCCUUUACAGCCUUGUUGUGUUAAUACUUACAAACUGUUCUAACUCAAACUUUCCAAC